AUGGCGAUGGUGGUGGUCGGGGGCGGCAAGGACCGGUCGUCGCCUGGCGGCGGUGGGGCGCCGCAGGUGGACACGGGCAAGUACGUGCGCUACACCCCCGAGCAGGUCGAGGCGCUCGAGCGGGUCUACAGCGAGUGCCCCAAGCCCAGCUCGCUGCGCAGGCAGCAGCUCAUCAGGGAGUGCCCCAUACUCAGCAACAUCGAGCCCAAGCAGAUCAAGGUCUGGUUCCAGAACCGCAGAUGCCGCGAGAAGCAGCGGAAGGAGGCCUCGCGCCUGCAGACUGUGAACCGGAAGCUGACUGCGAUGAACAAGCUGUUGAUGGAGGAGAAUGACAGGUUGCAGAAGCAGGUCUCCCGACUCGUCUACGAGAAUGGGUACAUGCGACAGCAGCUCCACAAUCCUUCUGCUGCGACCACAGACACGAGCUGUGAGUCUGUGGUCACAAGUGGUCAGCACCACCAACAGCAAAACCCAGCAGCUCCGCGUCCUCAACGGGAUGCGAAUAACCCAGCUGGUCUACUAGCUAUCGCUGAGGAGACCUUGGCAGAGUUCCUGUCGAAAGCGACAGGAACUGCUGUCGAUUGGGUGCAAAUGGUUGGGAUGAAGCCUGGUCCGGAUUCCAUUGGAAUCAUCGCUGUUUCGCACAAUUGUAGUGGCGUAGCAGCCCGAGCUUGCGGCCUAGUGAGCCUUGAGCCCACAAAGGUCGCGGAGAUCCUCAAGGAUCGCCCUUCUUGGUACCGCGACUGCCGGUGCGUGGAUAUCCUCCAUGUUAUCCCUACGGGUAACGGUGGAACUAUCGAGCUUAUCUACAUGCAGACUUACGCACCGACAACUUUGGCGGCACCGCGAGACUUUUGGACUCUCCGAUACACUAGUGGUCUUGAGGAUGGCAGUCUUGUGAUCUGUGAGAGAUCAUUGACACAAUCGACUGGAGGCCCAUCAGGACCCAACACUCCAAAUUUUGUCAGAGCCGAGGUGCUUCCUAGUGGCUAUUUAAUUCGACCUUGUGAGGGUGGUGGCUCCAUGAUUCACAUUGUGGAUCAUGUUGAUUUAGAUGCUUGGAGUGUGCCUGAGGUCCUUAGACCACUUUAUGAAUCUCCGAAGAUUCUUGCCCAGAAAACAACUAUUGCUGCACUGCGUCACAUCAGGCAAAUUGCACAUGAAUCGAGUGGGGAAAUGCCCUAUGGAGGGGGCCGCCAGCCAGCAGUUCUGAGAACAUUUAGCCAGAGGCUUAGCAGGGGUUUCAAUGAUGCUGUCAAUGGGUUUCCAGAUGAUGGUUGGUCACUGAUGAGCAGUGACGGUGCUGAGGAUGUUACUAUUGCUAUAAACUCUUCUCCAAACAAACCUAUUGGUUCUCAUGUCAACUCCUCCCAGCUGUUUACUGCGAUUGGAGGUGGCAUCCUGUGUGCUAAGGCAUCAAUGCUGCUUCAGAAUGUGCCACCUGCCCUACUAGUACGAUUUCUGAGGGAGCAUCGCUCCGAAUGGGCUGAUCCUGGUGUUGAUGCUUAUUCUGCCGCUGCUCUGAGGGCUAGUCCAUAUGCAGUUCCUGGCUUGAGUGCUAGUGGGUUUAUGGGCAGCCAGGUUAUUCUGCCGCUUGCACAUACCUUAGAGCAUGAAGAGUUCUUGGAGGUUAUUAGGCUUGAGGGACACAGCCUCUGCCAUGAUGAAGUUGUUCUGUCACGAGAUAUGUAUCUUCUGCAGUUAUGCAGUGGCGUGGAUGAAAAUGCAGCUGGUGCAUGUGCACAGCUUGUCUUUGCACCCAUCGAUGAAUCUUUUGCUGAUGAUGCACCACUGCUGCCCUCAGGCUUCCGUGUCAUUCCACUGGAUGCAAAGAUGGAUCCACCAUCAGGCACACGCACACUUGACCUAGCAUCUACUCUUGAGGUUGGAUCUGGUGGGACUACUCGUGCUUCAAGUGAUGCCUCCAGCACCUGCACCACAAGAUCAGUGCUGACCAUUGCUUUCCAGUUCUCAUAUGAGAAUCACCUACGGGAAAGCGUUGCAGCAAUGGCCAGGCAAUAUGUCAGGACUGUGGUGGCAUCAGUGCAGAGGGUGGCCAUGGCAAUAGCUCCUUCCCGUCUUGGUGGACAGCUUGAAAUGAAGCAAACUCCAGGAUCUCCUGAGGCACACACGCUUGCGAGGUGGAUCGGCAGGAGCUACAGGUUUCACACUGGAGCAGAACUCCUUCGCACAGACACCCAAUGCACUGAUGCUUCCUUGAAAGCACUGUGGCAACACUCAGACUCAAUCAUGUGCUGUUCCCUGAAGGCUGCUCCUGUGUUCACCUUUGCCAACCAAGCUGGCCUCGACAUGCUGGAGACAACACUGAUUGCUCUCCAGGACAUCUCCCUUGAGAAGAUCCUUGAUGAUGAUGGCAGGAAGGCGCUCUGCACCGAGUACCCUAAGAUUAUGCAGCAGGGCUUCGCUUACCUCCCCGGCGGCGUGUGUGUAUCGAGCAUGGGGCGGCCGGUGUCGUACGAGCAGGCGGUGGCGUGGAAGGUCCUGAGCGACGAUGACACCCCGCACUGCCUCGCCUUCAUGUUCGUGAACUGGUCCUUCGUGUGA